AGCGACGUAAAACUGUUUCUUGGAAAUUGACAGAAGCUCUACUGUGCCCACGCACACACAUCUGAUUCGGCGUCGAGUUGUUGGGUGUGUUGUGUUUGCUUUGCAGCAUGAAAAGCUGUGAAUCGUGGAACAAAACGGAAUAGCGAACAUAGGCUGCACAAACACAGGAAAUCCAAUCAUAAUGAUUCGAAUAGUAAUAGCGUUGACGUUAGUUUUACGGAUGUGCUGUGUGGAAGCGUAUUCAGAUCUGGGAUAUAUAUAUCCCGCUGGACCUGUUUACCGGGAGGUGAAUGAUUCAUUUUCUUUACAAUGCAUUCUAAAACAGAAUUCCGGAUAUAGCAGUAGCAACCUGAUGUUUUACCAUACUAACAAACCAGUUCCACAAGAACAAGUGAAGAUACUAAAUGCUACUGCUAUUGAGUUCACGGUAAAACGCGCGGAACCGCAAGAAAAUUACGUAUACGCUUGCUAUGCGAACGGCACAAGUGGAAUUGAGAUGCGAAGUGUUUACAUUGGGUACAAGCCACAGGAAGUAAAGGAUUUCAAGUGUCGUGCGCCGUUCUGGGACAAGCAAAUGAUUUGCACAUUCACUACCAUUCCGAACCCGAUACACACGACAUACGAGCUGAUGUUUCAUUUUUCAAAUCCAAAACAAAACUUCUCGUGUACGCUUGAAACAGAUGAACGACUGAAUCAAACUAAAUGUAUUAUCGACGGAGAUUCCGGAUAUCGGCACGUUGAAGAGUAUUACUAUUUUGUGCUCAAGGGCACCAAUGAUCUAGGCACGGUGAUCCAAAGCUUUGUCGUUAACCACUUUGAUGUGGUUGUGGCCCAUGAACCGAUUGGGUGCAAUAUUGCAAAUAUUUCGUCUGACAGCGCGCAACUUCAGUGGCAAAAAUGGUACAAGUAUGAUGGUUUCAGCCGCAACUUUAUUUGCGAGGUGAAAUUACUCUCGAUAUUUGACAAUGACGUGUGGCGCACUGUUAGCAAUCACGAAUUAAAGUUAAACCAUCGAGAGUAUACGCUCCCCUUGCGCGAUCUACCAUACGCAGCAACACGAUACGAUGUGCGUAUAAGGAUGCGUACAAAUUCAUCGGAAGAGGGUGAAGACAUGUGGUCUAAUCACUCCUCCUGCUUGUUCGACACACUGUCCCGUAAACCGGAUAUUCCACCGGAGGUAGCUAUUGGUGGAUUCGAGAACUCAAACGAACACCAUCUGUUCGUGUACUGGCGGGAACUUGACAAUUGGCAACAUAAUGCACGCAACGGAUUCCACUACAAUGUUACCAUGAAAGGUCCGGAUGGUAAAAUUAUUGACCAUCUAAAUGUAACCGCAGGAAUGAUUGAUCGGAAUCGUAUAGCGGACAUGAAUUACACCUUUAUAAUACGCAGUGCUAAUAUCGACGGUGUGUCGAAUCUAAGCAGCGAAGUAUUUGUUCCGAGUCGACGAUACCGUAUCGGUAAGCCAGUCAUCGACAAAUUGCUGUCGGAUUCCGGAAAAUUCACGCUUUCCUGGAAGCCACCAUACCGCAGGGAGUCCGCGAUCACUAGCUACACUGUGUUUUGGUGCAACACUACUAGUAACUCUCCGAAUGAUUGCAAUGGUUCGAUUAACUUUACAACCGUUGGGUCGGAUCAGACUACGUUCGCGUUGAGUGAUGCUGGGUCAACGCUUAAUUUUGCUGUAUCAGCUAAUUCGGGGCGUCUAUCAUCUGGUAUGGUUUGGGCCGCUUGCACAGCAACGCGCAAAUCCGACAUCGGCAAGCUGAAAACGAUCUGGAUAACUGAAAUGCUUUCAUCAUAUAUUAAUCUCAAGUGGAAAACUGAGUGCGGAGAUGUGGCCCAUACGGGCUACAUUAUAUACUACUGUCCAAUUACAACACCACGAACGUUAGGAUGCAAGGAACCGGAGCUGGCCGUGAAUGUAACGGAUAAAAAUCAACACCAGUGCCGCCUAGAAAACCUCAAGCCCUACGUCACGUACAAAAUCGAAAUCGCCAUGUACUCCGAAUCACAUAUUGGACCACGCAGCGAUCCGUUGGUAAAUACAACCAGAGAAGCAGCCCCUUCUCCGCCACGGAAUAUUAUGGUUCGGAAAAUUACCAAUCAUAGCGUAUCUUUGCACUGGCAACCGCCAGAGCACAUAAACGGUGGUAAAAUGAGCUACGAAGUUCUGUACAACGGACUAUCAAGGAAAUACAAUGUGGAGGAAUUGAAUACGGAAGUAGACCAAACUCUCGAAAAUCUGGAGGCAUUUACGGAGUAUGAUAUAGCGGUACGCGCGCUAACGAUUGGAUUUUCAAAUAUUAGCGAACCGGUGCGAGUUCGCACGCUCGUGGGGUAUCCGCAUACGAUUGGGCAACCAAGCACCAACAGUUCCAAUGACUCGAAACUAACGAUUAGCUGGAAGAUCCCCUCGAAACCGGCGGGUUGUGUGGAGUUUUACGAGCUUAAGGUAAAAACUAGGCACACUGCUAUUUACCAUCAACGCAAAACCGAAUGUCAAUUAAGAGAAGCAAUAUGCCAAAAUCGGGAUACCUCCAAAUAUGAUUUUCUAGUGCGCGCGGUGAAUGUGGACAUUGUUGGUGCCACCGAGACCGGUUUCGAUAAGCUGUCCUGCGCAGAGCGUUGGGUAGAGCUAAACAAGCGCUGGCCUGCUUUGCGACGCUACAUCGCUAACACGGAAUGUGGAACAGACGAAGUGGUAGCAUUGCGUCCAACCGAAUUUUACGGUCUGAAUGCUCCUCCCAAUAUUCGAUUGUAUUACGGUCCGUGGUCGGAACCGUUGUCACAUUGGUGUUCGGUGGAGAAUAAGGAAUCAAUAUUGCCGUUCUUCUUAAUAUUCAUUGUAAUGGCGAGUUGCUGUUUGUUUGGUGUUACAUACAUCAAAGUGAAGCACGUACUGCAAGUGAAAGUCAUCAUUCCCGAAGGGCUGAACGAUAUAACAGGAUCCGGCAAACCAACCUUCAACGCCGUGAUUGGACCCGGUGGUGGUGGUAUCUUUACCGAACACCAUCGUCGAGUCGAGCACAUUAUCACUGGUGGCUCGGCAAAGGAUGAAGUUUACAGUAAGGAACAGAAUCAAUGUUUACUACCGUCAUCAUCAUCAUCUUCGGGUGGUAGCAUUGCAGACUUAAGUGGUCACGAUCAACGCUCGACAGCCGAGUAUUGCAGUAACAGUGGAGCAUGUUGUGAAGAUGAUAGCACUAGUUUCUACGACCAGGAAGCAGAACGACAGGAUCUACAAGGCUUCGGUGAUGAAACAACGGACUCGAUGAAAAACAAUUUUACGGACGACGAAAUCCUGAGGAGUAGUAGCAAAACCUUACCACAUGGCUUCGAACCGUCGUUUGGGUCCACCCCGGCUGGCGACCAAAACCGUAGUGGUGGAUACCUUUUAAAGACAUGCUCACCAGCUCAGUCUCCAACCAUGGUCAAACAACACCGACCGUCCGCUAUGCCUAUCACGUCUGGCUACGUCCCGGCACCACCUGCAUUGGUCAAUACCGUAAAGCAGCCGAUCAGCUCAAAUGGGUAUUUACAAAUAGGAGCACUUAAUAAUAGGAGCAUAAUCUCACCUUUGGAUACGGCGCAGAAAGGUUUUAAUGCAAAAAUGGCUUCAGCACCAAUAUCAGGAUACGUAACACAUAAGCAGCUAUCAGACUAUGGACAAAACUUAAAAUAAGCAACUCUAAGACGUUCGCGAAUUUAACAUGUCUUUAGUCUGAACUAGACUAAUCAGUUCGCUGCCCCCGCAUCUGUAACUGUCGAUUAGCUAGUAGAGCGCAGUAAUGGAAAGUGCUAUUUUAACUGUGCGAAGGAGAUAUAGAGUUAAUCAGGCGAACAGGAUCUUGAGAACACACAAACACAUACAAACAAACAACCACAAAUUUCAUAUCACAUCUGUUACUAUUGAUACAACGUCCUGGAAUGAAUACUACCGAUCAAGCAGCUACAAUAUCUAAAAAGAAUUAUCCUUCAAGUACUGAGCUGAAGAAUUCCGGUUUCAUCUUUCUCGAAUGUGUGGCAAAUUGAUUCCACAAUAGCUCCUUAAUUUGGCUCUUUGGUGGUUGUCGCGUUUGUUGUGACUUACGGAGAAAAUACUAUUCGUACCUGUGUGUGUUCGACGAAUGGAAACACAGAUUGCCGCCGAGCUUAGUUUAGAACCACGCGAGUCAACAACAAGCAGCACACAAAUGGUGAUGGUCGCCAACGUGCAAAUGUAGUCGGAUAUUAUAUGUGUGUUUAUGUGCAUGUUAAAUGGGAUAUGGUGUUACCCUGCGCAACAUUCACAAUUCGCAAUUUUUCCCCAUAUAUGCCUUCUGCCACAUCUAUCCAGUAAUCUUUGCUGUUCCGACCACAACAAGUCUGUUAGGUUUAUUAAACUCUUAUUGUAAACGGAAACGAUGACAUCAGAAAUAAAUAAUUACCUUUGCAGGACGAAUGUUAUGCCCGUGCAGAAGCAACGAUAUUGGAUA